AGCGGCACGUACAAGCAGUACGUCGUACAUCACAGAACAAUAUUGAGACAUUUAUUCUUAAGAAGUUGACACCCACAGGCAAGGCCUUUAAAUUGCCUGCCUAGAGUCAAUCCCCCGAAGAUCGCGUUUUUCUUCCCUUUUUUUUGACCAAAGCCCUAUAUUAGAGGGUUCAAUUACCCCGCCAGACGAAAUGUCGCAUGCAGACAGCGAGUCCGCCUAUUUCAACAACUACCCUCCCCCGAAAGUCCUCCCGAAGCAUGAAUCUCUUGCCCGGUCAUUCAUAGACUAUCAUGUCGAAGCCGAUCGACGGCUGGUGCUUGUCACCUCCGGAGGAACAACAGUACCUCUUGAAAACCAAACUGUCCGCUUCAUCGACAACUUCUCCGCAGGUACCAGAGGUGCCACAUCUGCGGAGUACUUUCUGGAGCAGGGAUAUGCAGUGAUAUUCCUCCACAGACAGUUUAGUCUGCUGCCUUACUCUCGACAUUAUAGCCACUCGACCAAUUGUUUCCUUGACUUUAUGGAUGAAGCCUCCCCAAGCGAUUCAAGCAACUCUGACCAUGGUCCCAUUGUCGUGCGGAACGAAUACCAGGACGAAAUGCGAGAUGUGCUGCGGAAGUACAAAUAUGCAAAACAGAACAAUCUCCUUCUACUGAUUUCGUACACCACAGUGUCCGAGUAUCUUUUUGAACUGCGCAUGCUCGCCCAAUGCAUGAAACCGCUUGGUCCAAACGCAUUAUUCUAUCUCGCUGCAGCUGUUAGCGAUUUCUUCAUCCCGCGCGAUCGGAUGGCGGAGCACAAGAUUCAGUCUUCAGAGAUACCGGCGGAGUUUAGCAACAACGACGAAGCUGUGGGCGCUGAGGACAUAUACACUGGGGGUUUUGAGCAGACACAGCCCACGUCCAGCAAAAAGCUCGUCAUAAACCUAGACCCGGUCCCGAAAUUCCUUCAGCAGCUCGUGGAUGGCUGGUCACCGGAAGGAAGCAUGAUCGUGUCGUUCAAACUCGAGACGGAUCCGAAUCUGCUUGUUUACAAGGCUCAAACGGCCCUUCAGCGAUAUUCUCAUCACCUAGUCAUCGGCAAUUUGCUCUCAACGAGGAAGUGGGAAGUUGUCUUUGUUACACCUGAAGAGCCCUACGAACGCUGGAUCCGAGUGCCCAAGUCGCGGCGGAGCAAGAGCAUAUCAGGUGUCGAAGGGCAGGUUGGACUCGCUGAGGCAGCGAAGCGGUCGGGCGAACACUCGGCGCCUGCGGCAUCCGAGACCGACGAGACGUCCAAGGAAGGAGACGGGCAUGUUGGAACCAGUGAAGGGACUGAGAUUGAGAGCUUGAUCAUCCCGGAGCUGGUCAAGCUCCACACGAAGAUGAUUGAGAAAUUCUAUCAUCAGUUCUAUAGCUUCAACGGGCGACAGUCGACCCACGGCCAACAACACCACCACCAUCACCCUCAUCAUCAUCAUCAUCAUCAUCAUACAUAAUUCCUAAUCCCUGAUACAUGGUGAACUAGUCACUCCCACCAAAAUAUACCCCGACGCCUUCCGGUAUCAUAUCUGUACUGUAACAAUUGGACAUAAAUCGGGCUUCUGCUUCGAAUUUAUUCUAUUUCUAUUCACCCUCUCCCUAACAACGCGCACCCAAAUACCUCUCACUUCUGACUCUGCAACUUCUUUUGCUGCUCUGCCCACUCACGAGCACUCCUUUCCGCACUUUCCUCCCCAACCUCUCCAAAAAUAUCAACCCCAAGACGUGCAGGGAAGUUCAUCCGCUGAUGUCGCUCUAACGACUGUAUAGCUUGAAAUGCGUCUUCCGGGAGGACAAAAUCUGAAACAUAUAAUCAGCAUAAACCAAGUCGAUGGCGAGAAAUAUCAAGUGGGACAGGCGGAGGUGCACACCUUCAAAAUUGCUCUGGAUCCUCGCCGGGGUCACGGAUUUGGGGAGAACGACCGUUCCGCGCUGAACGGCCCAGCUGAUUAGGACUUGGGCUGGGGUUUUGUUCAAGGUUUUUGCUGUUUCAAUCACGAGGGGGUCGUCGACGGCUCUGCAGGUGUGUGUUAGUCUCUUUUGGCGGGUUUCUUGUGCAAGGGUUAGAGGUCUUCGCGUACCUCGGGAUGUUGUAGAUGUUGUUUCCUAGGGGCGAGUACCCCGUCACUACAAUUCCCUGGAUGGUAUGUUAGUAAAACAUGGCUCAAAGGUCCCUUGUAUCAAUUACCUUCUCCUUUGACCACUCUAGCAGAUCUCUUUGCUGAAGGUAAGGAUGCGCUUCAAUCUGGUUCACGGCUGGUGGAAUUUCUGCCCUAUUCCAAGCGAAUCAGCUUCUUCCUGUGCCGUAUUCAUGUCGAAGCAAGUAACAUACGUCUUCAGUAGCUCCUC